CCAGCCCCUCUCUGGGGGGGACCUCUCUGUCUGCAGCCGACCCCCCGCCCUGGGAGUAAGGGGGGAGGGGGAACCUCUCUGUCUGCAGCUCCCAGCGUUCUCCCCCUGUUCCCUCACACUCCUGCUUCGGAGAGAAGUGGGCCUGGCUCCGGUAAUGGGGCGUUGAAAGGCAGGUGGAGGGUCUGAAGCGAGUGUCAUCUCAGGCUAGCAGGAACAACCCGGGAGGGGUCCAUUUCCGGACAGACGCGGAUGAUGCCAGAGCUAUGACAGGGGCUGCAGUCUUGGCACUGAGGGGUGAUCAGUUAUGGAACAGCUACAGAAGGAAGUACUUGAGGUCAAGAAGGAGGAAAAGGAAGAGGCAGUGAUAGCAGCCGGUGACACCUCAGACCCAAGUGGAGGACCAGAUAGUUCGCUGCCUUCUAGCAGCUAUACAGACCUCUCCCAGAGCUCUUCUCCAUCCCUGUCGGACCAACUCCAGAUGGGCUGCGAGGAGACAUCUGCUGCAAGUCUGAAUGUGGAAUGCAGGGUCUGUGGGGAUAUAGCAUCAGGAUUUCAUUAUGGAGUGCAUGCAUGCGAGGGCUGCAAGGGUUUCUUCCGUCGGACGAUCCGCAUGAAGCUGGAGUACGAGAAGUGUGACCGGAACUGUAAAAUCCAGAGGAAGAACCGCAACAAGUGCCAGUAUUGUCGCUUCCAGAAAUGCCUCUCGCUGGGCAUGUCGCACAAUGCCAUUCGUUUUGGCCGCAUGCCAGAAGCAGAGAAGAGGAAGCUGGUAGCGGGCCUGACAGCGAGCGAGAUCAGCUGUCAGAACCCGCAGGUGGCUGACCUGAAAGCUUUCUCCAAGCACAUCUACGACGCCUACCUGAAAAACUUCAACAUGACCAAAAAUAAGGCGAGAGGCAUCCUCACUGGGAAGACCGGCAGCACCCCGCCGUUCGUGAUCCAUGACAUGGACACCCUGUGGCAGGCAGAAAAGGGGCUGGUCUGGAAGCAGCUUGUCAACGGGAUCCCCCCAUACAAGGAGAUUGGGGUCCACGUCUUCUACCGCUGCCAGUGCACCACGGUGGAGACAGUGCGGGAGCUCACUGAGUUCGCCAAGAGCAUUCCCAGCUUCCUCGGCCUCUACCUGAACGACCAGGUGACUCUGCUGAAGUACGGGGUCCAUGAAGCCAUCUUCGCCAUGCUGGCCUCCAUCAUGAACAAGGACGGGCUUCUGGUGGCCAACGGGAACGGGUUUGUCACGCGCGAGUUCCUGCGCAGCCUGCGCAAGCCCUUCAGCGAGAUCAUGGAGCCCAAGUUUGAGUUUGCCGUGAAGUUCAAUGCCCUGGAGCUGGACGACAGCGACCUGUCUCUCUUCGUGGCUGCCAUUAUCCUGUGUGGGGACCGCCCUGGCCUGAUGGACGUGAAGCAGGUGGAGGGGAUACAGGACAACAUCCUCCAGGCCCUGGAGUUCCACUUGCAGGCCAACCACCCGGACGCUCAGUACCUCUUCCCCAAGCUGCUCCAGAAGAUGGCUGACCUGCGGCAGCUGGUGACUGAGCAUGCACAGCUGGUGCAGAAGAUUAAAAAGACAGAAACGGAGACCUCAUUGCACCCGCUCCUGCAGGAAAUCUACAAGGACAUGUACUGAGGAGCUUUAAAGCCAUGGAUCCUGAGCAAAACACUUUGUAUGGUGACUGAGAAGCCUCCCCUUUUCCCCCCCCCCAACGUCUUCCAUUUCUUCUACUUGGAACUAUUUUCUAGAUGAGCUCUGCAUAUGGUACAUAGGCCUACCUGCCACGAGACUUCAUGGCUACUGUGUGCUAAGCCCGGGCUUCCGUUAACACACACUUAUGAACCUCAAAGGCAAAACAUAAGCGAGGCUUCUGUUUCCGCAGCCCAGCUGUCACGCCACUCCCUUCUGCCUUCCAAGCGACCCGCGUGUUUACGUGCAUUACAGAGAAGGUGGGAUUACGGCACCAGCAGGGUAACAAGGGUAUGGUCUGAUGUAAUGAGACCAUUCCAUACCUUGAUUAUGCGGCAGGUCCAGGAGCAGCACUUACAUCACGUCUCCGUUGUGCAUUGGUUUUGUAUUGCACUCGGAAGACUCUUAGGCCCGAACUGUAAAGCCUAGAACAUUGGAACAAAAGGAAGUGUCUCGCAUCCAUCCAUCGAGAGAGAAUCUCCCAGAGAAAGGCCAGACUGUUUGAUGAAGGGUACUGAUGCUUCAUCCGGGGAGAGGCCUUUGGUUAGUCCCCUGAAUUCACAAGACAGGCAUGCCUUCCUCGGGAGAUGUGCAUUCUCCUCUGCCUUGCGAAUCACUCCUGUGGGUUGUAACAUGGAAUCCUGUACCUGACCCCCUGCUGGGUCUGAGCUGGUCCUUCGUAGCCCUAGAUUUCAAAGAGGAGGGCUGCUUUUCCUGUCUCUCCUAUAUUGGCUUAGAAAAUGGAGUAGGGGGGAUGGCGGCGGUGGGCGUUAACUCUUUAAGAACCAACUUAGUCUUCAGAGCAGAUGCUAAAACCGCAGUUGCUCCCAAUCUUUGAUCCAGGGUGUCCAGAGGAGACUUGAAGUGUCAGAAUGACUCAAGUUUCUGCUGAUCUAGGAGGAUGAAGGGUCGGCUGUGCUGUGAAGGGGACAGUAGUGAGCAGAGCAGGGUGAGGCAAGGGUGUCACAGAAAACAGUAAUAGUAAUUUCUCUGUCUUGCUGUUUCCUUUCCCACCCCGUUGAUCUUCCUACUGUAGCCUGUGGCAUAGCCAGAGGAGGCCUCUCAAUGCAAGGCCAACAAUGGUGCCUUCCCCAUCAACACAGACACUGUAAUACACUGGUGUCCUCCGAUCCCUGGGGUCCCACCUCUUUCUGCUGUGGCUGGUCACAUCUGCGCGGUUGGUGUCAGCAAUGGCCGGAGCCAUCACUAAGCUACGUCGUAGCAGCGUCUCUCCGCCGAACUAUCCCAGCAUGGGUUGCUGGGGUGACCUGGAAGCAAGUGUGACCUGUGACUGACUUAUUUCGGGGGCUUAAGUCAUCAGACUGAGGCCAUCCAAACUGGCCCAGCUGAGGGGCUGCUUUGGUAAUUUGCCAAGAGCCCAAGACCCACCACUGCAGAUCCCACUAUGCAACACUCCAGCUUGGUCAGAGCAGCUGUUGAAGGAUGGGUAAGUGGCCUUUGGCCUCCAGGUCAUGCGCUCAGAUCCAGCCCCAGCCUGCAGUGAGUGGGAAACCCAAAGGCUCUUGAGUGGCCUGUGUGCAAUGAGUUGGUGGUUCUCAAUCCAGUUCCUAGUGGACAGGUGUCUGCACCACUACCACCCUGGGCACUAAUCGGCACUUUCAUUGGCAGUCUCAGCAGGGAUGCCACAGCGUGAGUGGGCUGUGGAGACAGAGCUCGCCUAGUGGGGCGAAGGGCGCGACCCCUCCCUGCUCAGAACUGGGCAUGUUAGAGGAGCACUACGGGGCAAGCUUGCCCAGCCGCCACCUGGGCUGCCCCGGCUCUGUGGACAGGACUUCAGUCUCUGGGGCAGCCUAGACCCUAGCCAGCACUAAAUUCACUUUGACUCUAGGUUCAGGUGCUGGUGUCGUGUGUAAAGCUCUCCACUUGCACCAAUCUGCUGAGAUGGGAUGGGUGCACGCAGGGGCGGAUCUAGGUUUGCAGGCGAGACCUUUUGAGGGCAUAGGGCGGGUGGGUCGUGAGGAGACCCUUUGCUUGCCAAGUGGUCUGCAGAAUGAAACUGCUGGAGAGCCACUGGCGUCGGGCAAAAUGUAGCACCCUGCAGCUGUGCCAUUCACUGAGCUCCAGCGGGGCUGGUGGGGGCUGUGAGGCCCGUUCGCUUUCCAAAGUAAAGGGCUGAUGGGGAAUGGGAAAGGCCUUCGUGAAUGCACAGCUUGAAGCAUGACUCCUGCUCUGCAGAUCAGAGUGCCCCCAGCUGAUCCCGUAGAAGAGGCUAGAGUAGCAUGGGGAGCAGUCCUGCAGCAGCCAGGCCCUUGCACAUGAUGUGUGCCCUGUUGGAUCUCUUCCGUGUCAGAUUUCUAGGAGAGCGGCAGGCACUGACGCUGCAGUGUGAGGGAAACCUGCUGCUGGAGAGUGACGAGCGCUGGUCUGAGAUGCCUGAACUCCCGGGUCCUAAUCCCGGCUCUGCCACUAUCUUUCCUGUGGCCUUAGGCAAGUCAAACUGUCCUGCCUCAGUUUCCCCAUCUGUAAAAUGGGACUAAUAGUUUAAUCUCCCUUGCAGGGGGGCUGUGAAGGUUAACUAGUUAGUGUUUGUAAAAAGCAUUGAAGCUGUAAAGUGUGAUAUAAAUACCAAGUAUUAUUUAUUUUGGGGGCUGGGAAGCAAAAACGCUGCAUUUAUCAUGGUGACAAAUGGGGCUUUAUGAUGGGGUAGAGAGAGAAGCCUGUUCGAACAGCCCAGGCCAGGCACGAAGCAGCUGGACCCAAUCUACUGCCACCUAGCAGUUCUCUAUUCAUUGAUGCCAUUUUGGCAGCUGCAAGUACCAAUUUAGCUUUCAGGCUUUGUGGUCUGACGGAAGGGCUGGGCACCCUAAUGAACCUAGAGCGAUCUCAUAUCAUGACUUCCUCGCCGCUUGUGGUACUGUCUGCCUCUCCGAAAUGGAAGUCCCGUGUUCUCUCACUUUGUAUCCCCAGCGACUCGGGGCUGAGUCGGGUUUUCUGGCUGGGACCACAGCAGUUGACCCAAGGUCCCGUCUGCAUGCAGCACUUACACUCCGCCUGUGGCUUUUGGAGCCUGUCUAGUCUUAACCUGGGCCAGUUGGACCAAAUCCACUGAGAUCCAGCUAUGGGCCAGUAGAGGGGAGGACGGAAGGAGGAACGCCACCUGCCCCAGAGCGGGGGAGGAGGUUGUGCUGCUCUUUGUAGAGCCCCCGUGUGACCGUGGCACUGCGGCUGCCUUACGGUGGUAUUAGCACACCCCCGCUGCAGGGCCUAGUCCCAUGAUCCCUCUGAGAUGAGCAGGUGGCUGUCUGGGUAGCACAAUGUGAGAGCCACUGGCUGGCACAGUUCCUAAGGCUUUGGUGCUGGGAGUUUACCUCAAUGCUCUUCUCCAGCUUUCUCUGUGUAUUGGGGGCAGAGGAAGGCCUGGACAUGCAGUUCUCUUCUGAGAAGUGGCAGGCCAGAUGGCAGCCUGGAGCUCCAUCUUUGUGUCUCUCAGAUCCCAGAGCAAAUGGGCUCAGCUUGACAAGUGGAAAAAAGUUUUUCCUGCAGCCUCAGCCUGGGAUCUGAGAGCUGAGCUGGGCUCUCUUCUGCUCCUGCAUCCUGCCUGGUAAUAAAGGUUCUGUAACAAAUCUGCUGAUGCACAAGGCAGAACAGACUCCAGCUCCCUGCAGGGCUAAUGGGGCGUGUGCGUCUCUGUCCCUAAGGUAAGCAAAGGGACCUCCAGAGACACGCAUGGAGUAGGUCCCUGGAAUAAGGCAGUGCUGUUUUUGCGCACGCUUCAGAGAAGACCUGGUGGCUGUGAAAGGACUGGGCAGGGCACAUCUGGUGUCCUGAGCAGGCUUGCUAAAGGACCUGGAUUACACUCCUUCCCUGCCCCCUUGGGGUAACGGGUUACCCUGGUGCAAUAAUGUCUUACUGAAGCAGAGGAAUAAUCUCUUUCCCUUCCAUAACUGCUUAGCAAUCCCACUGCUUCUGUCCUCCCUAGUAAGCACCCAUAUCAGAGGUUGGGGCUGGUACAGACCCUGACGUGUCAUCUGCACCAAAACUGCAGCCCUAUUCCACCCUUAUGCUCCUUGUCUCACACACUCACACUCACACUCUCUCUCCCCCCCCCCCCCUCCUGGGGCAUUACCCCUCCUAGGUAUGGUUUAUGGCUGCACACACUAGUACUAAGCAAUGUACAUUUAAUGGAAGGAGGGUUGUGUAGUGCAGCAGUUCCCAAACUUAGCUGGUUCCCUUAGCACCACCCGUAAAAAUCACUGUGAAGUGAACCAAUAGUCCAUCAAGCUCCCAAUCUGCUGUUUGGAAACCCCUGGUCUAGUGGCUAGUGCAGGAGGAGGCUCUGAGUUGAGACCUUUGUGGCCUGUUCCCAGCUCUUUGCCAGCUUGCUGGGCUCCUUUGGCAAGUCACACCUCCCCUCUUGCCGCAGUUUCCCCACCUGUCUCAUGAGGCUAGUCCUUUUCCUUCCCUACUUCACAGAGGCGUUGUGAGGCUGGAUUGAAUUCCCGUUUGUAAAGCACUUUGAAGUCCUCUUGUGAAAGGAGCCAGAGAAGUGUGAAUGACCGACUGAUGGGUUUGUGAUUGGUACCUUUCCAAAGUGUCUGUACUGACCCUGCAGUCCCCAGCUCUGGAGUGCCCCGAGGCUGUGAAUGGAGAGGUUGCUGUGACUCCCGGCCAGCCCUCGCCCCCAGAGAUGCUGGGCUCUCGUUCUCUUCAUCGCUCGAGGAACUUUUGCUCGUUGUCAAUGUUGUAACAAGCCUCAAACUGAAAUGUAUAUUUUUGCUAGAAGUACAAACCUCCAAGUGUUUUUAAUAUAAACGGCGUCACAGACUGACUUACCUUGAAAUAAAUCUGACCUAAAUAUUUAAGAAA